UAGGAUUUAUUUAAAAUAUUUAAAUUAUUUAUAGUUAUUGUAGUUAAUGGUAGGAUAAAAAAUAAAGAGUUUUAUAUAGAUGUUAUAAAUUCUUUUAUAAUAUAUUUAUAAAAAUAUUUUCUUUUAAUAAUAUAAAUUUUCAAUCGCAUCUAUAAUAUAUUCUUAUCAAAAAUCAUCAUAACAAUAUAUUUAGAAUAUAUUGUUAAACUAACGUACGCAAAAUAAUCUCUAACAAUAUAUUUAGAAUAAAUUGUUAAACUGUAUGCAAAAUAACUUCCUUUAAAAUAUAGUCAAAAUUAUUAGAAGUGUUAGUCAAGGAGAAUCUAUGAUGUAUAAGUUGUGUAGAUAAAUAUUUUAGAAAUGUCAACAUAUUCAUUUGAAAAACCACAUUUCGAUCAACGAAAAAAUGAUAGAGUGAAGCCUUUGGUCAAAAAAUAAAUGAUAGUGUGAAAUGUUGCAAAGUUGGUGGCACCAAGGAACAAUAUAGUUUUGGUAUUUAAAUUUACCAAUCAUAUUUUGGUUAUGGAUUUAUGAGACAUGUUUUGGUGAGAUGAUAUAUUUUAGUAUAAUGGAGUUAUGUAUAAUUUUUUGGUGUAUCAUAGUAAGUUGAGUAAUAAAUAAGAGUAUUAAUUAUUUUAUAGUUAGAGAAAUAUAAGGUAAUUGAUUAUUGCAUAGUUAGAGAAAUAUAAGGUGAGACCAAAAACAUAGUUAAGUCUAAUAAAAGGGUCUAACAACUUUUCAUAGGUAGAUUUUUUAAAACUCCUUCUCUUUUAAUAGUAUAGAUACUUUAGCAUCUACAAUUUUAGUUUAAAGCAGGAUUUUAUAAGUAAAUAUGAUGCUAUAUAUGUUUAAAUAAUUUAGACUUAAUACAUAGUUUACAAAUUUUAUCCAUUUUAAUGGUGAAUGAAAUUCUAAAUGAUUUUUUUUUUAAAAUAAAAUAAGUUAAUUUAUCAAUUUAAUAUAAUUUUUAAAUUUAAAUCAUAUAAUACUUCUAUUUUAAUAUAAUAUAAAUAAAUUAAAAGUUUAUGAAACUAGCAUAAAAAUAUUCUUUAUAAUAAAAUCUUAAUUAACACUAAUUUUUAAUAUUAUUAUACUACUAAUUACGAAAUUCAUACAUUAUUUUAUAAAAAAUAUUUAGAACUUUUAGUAAUAUUUUCUUAGAUUUUUUAUCAAGAGAUUUUUUAUAGUUAAAAGUAAAAUUAAGACAGUUUUAUAGGUGAAGUUGUUAUAUGUAAGAUGUGAUAUCUUAAUGAUGCCAAAAUGUUAGCUAGAAAUAAAAUAAAAGAUUAUUUUUUAGAGAAGGUCCAUUUAAAAGAAUCACACAUAAAAAGAAGUUGUUAUUUCUAUUUUAGUAUAUUAUAAACUAUAAUUUAAAAGUUUAUGAUAAUAGCAUAAUAAAAACUUAAUUAACCUUAAUUUUUAAUAUCGUUAUACUACUAAUUACAAAAUUCAUGCAUUAUUUUAUUAAAAAAUAUUUAGAACUUUUACUAAUAUUUUGUUAGAUUUUUUGUCAACAUAUUUUUUAUAGUUAAAAGUAAAAUUAAGACAUUAUUAAAGGUAGAGUUUUUAUAUGUGUGGAUUAUAUAAGAUGUGAUAUCUUAAAGAUGCCAAAAUGUUAGUUAGAAAUAAAUGAAAUAUGAUUUUCUAGAGAACAUCUAUUUAAUGGAAGCAUCUUAGCCUACUGGUUAAGGUUUAAAGGUUUCAAUAUCCAUGUCUGGAGUUCGGAUCCCGUACUAUACAUUUUCUUGCAUAUUAGAGAAAAUUCAGGUUUUAAGUCCCAGAGAAAACGAUAAUCUAGGUUUUAAGUCCCAGAGAAAACGAUAAUCCAGGUUUUAAUCCAGAUUUAUUAAUACAAACUAUAGAAGAAAGACUUACAAGUGAUUUUCAACAUGGUGCAAGUAAAUUUGGACGGAUCACCCUACAGAAAAAGAUUUACAAGUGAUCUUCAACAUGAUGCAAGUAAAUCUAGACGGAUCACAUGAUGCAAUUAGACGUAGAUCCUCACUAAAUAGAUAGUAUUGUUGGUUGUCGAAUCGUUUAUGUAAUAUUUUUCAUAAAUGUAAUAUCAUAAUAAAUCAGCAUUAUAAAAAAACGUCUACUUAAAAAAAAUCACAGAUAAAAAAAUCGUGAUUUCUAUUUUAAUUGAAUACAUAUCUCAUGUUUACUGUAUUCUCAAACAACAGUAAUAACAAAAAUAAUUUAAGAAGCGUUAUAAGAUGAUGUGGUUUAUUCAAAGGACUUGAUUGUGUAUGAAAUUAGGAGCACGAACGUGCAUGGCUGUUCUUUGCGUUGUCUCUGUGAGAGAAUACAAGAUUCCAUCCUCAUUCAACUUCAACAUGUCAAAUUGAGAGAGUCUGCCCCAACUUCUUCUCUUUAGGUUUGAGUUUCUUGACAUCUUCUAUUCAUCAUCAGGUUGGUCAAAGCUUUGAUUUUUUUUUCUGGUUUAUUAGAGAUUAUAAUUGAUCAUGCUUGACUUGAUGGGUUUCUGGUAAAGUUCAAAAGUUAUGUGCUCUGCUCAGAUCAUACAUUUCUAGUUGUGAAAAUGAUUCAUUUUCAUAGUUUUGCAAGUAUCUCCUCACCUUCUGCAUUGUCUAGCUGUCCAUCUAAUUUGACUUUGGAAUGUUUGAUCAGUAUUCAUAAUAACUUGUCCAGAUUGAAAUUUUGAGAGAUUUAAUUAUGAUCAAUAUCAAAUUUCAUCUUCUUGAUCUAUGCACUCUCUCUAUCAAAAGCUUUGCAUUCCUUAUUGACCAAUGUGAUAACAAUUUCUCUCUAAUGUUCCUUGGUUACUUCCCAAACCAAAACGGAUCUUGAUUUGAUUUCAGUUGUGAUGUUGUCCUGACUUAUCUCCCAAAUGGCUUUGAGACAAAAAUAAGCGACGACUUGAACCGUUGCAGAACUUCUUGUGCAGAGCCGACCCUGACGUUUUAGAGGCUCCAAGCAGCUUUUGAAAAAGACUAUUUAUUCAGAAAUAAAUGGACUUCUUUUUCAAAACUUCGUAUCUGGAACCCAAACCGGCGGUUCCCGUUAGUACCGGCUCUAAUCAUGCGUCUCCUUCUCAAUCGUUGACCGUUGCGGUAGCUAUUAGUGGUAGUACCAAAAGCAAGAAUGUACUUAAAUGGGCGCUCAAGAAGUUUGCUUCCGAGAAAAAUAUCAUUUUCAAGCUGAUUCACAUCCAUCCAAAGCUCACUUCUAUACCUACACCUUCCGGAAACAUAGUCUCUAUCACUGAGGCACCAGAGGACGUGGCUGCUACUUAUAGACGACAAGUUAUGGAGGAGACUAAAGAAACACUUCUGAAACCUUACAAGAAGAUGUGCGAGCGUAAAAAGGUUGUAGUGGAACUUUUAGUGCUAGAAUCAAAUAGUGUUGCAGUGGCAAUAACCAGAGAUAUUAAUCAGCAUUUGAUCAGCAGACUUGUUAUUGGACGCUCAUGUAAUGUUGGCUUGUACGGGAAUAAUGAUAUUACCGCGAAGAUAUCACACUAUGUGUCAAACCUAUGCACAGUCUAUGUUGUCUCAAAAGGAGUGUAUAUUCUUUCGAAAGAGAAAUUACCUUCAGCUUCAGACACAGAGAGAAAUGAAAUUUUAAGAGAUACUGGUAGUGAGAGAAGCUCCAGCUGUUCUUCUGGUUCAGGGACUAUCUCAGAUGCAAUGUCGUCAAAUGCACUCAAAUCCAAGUCUCUUGGUCUGUCCAAUAAGAGAUUGCAACAUCUCCCGACAAUAGUAAGAGGGGUUUCUGGUCGUGUGGAAACUGAUUCUGAUGAAACAAGAAGUGUGUGUUCGGAUGCUGCAGAGGAAGUGAGCAAGAGAGAAACAUCCUAUACCGAUGAGAGAAACGACGGUAUGAGUCAUAUCUCUAGCAACCCUGAAUAUGAAAAUGUUACUGAUCAAGGUGAAGAUUAUUUCACAGACGACCAGGAAACACUCCAAGAAAUUACAAAGUUGAGAGAUGAACUUAGACAAGCUCAGGAAAUGUAUGCAGUGGCUCAAGUAGAGACCUUGGAUGCUUCUAGAAAGCUAAAAGAGCUAAAGUUGGAAGAGCUAACAAUAAAAGGUCAAGGAACAAAGGGGUUAGCACAAAAGGAAACACAGCAGAAGAGAAUGGAAGAGAAAGAGACUGCACAGAGAAGAGAAGCUGAGAUGAAAGUAGCCCACGAAGCCAAAGAGAAGGAGAAGCUUGUAGAAAGAUGCCUUGUGGCUCCUAAGGUGGCUCCUAAGGUGCAAUACCAAGAGUUCACUUGGGAAGAAAUCAGUACCGCAACCUCAUCAUUCUCUCAAGAUCUUAAGAUCGGAGAAGGAGCUUACGGCGCUGUUUACAAAUGUAGUCUUCAUCAUACAGUCGCCGCUGUCAAAGUUUUGCAUUCCCCUGAAAGUAAUCUAUCCAAGCAAUUCGAUCAAGAGCUGGAGAUCUUGAGCAAGAUCAGGCAUCCACACUUGGUUCUCCUCUUAGGAGCCUGCCCUGAGCGUGGAGCUCUAGUCUACGAGUACAUGGAGAAUGGUAGCUUGGACGAUAGAAUCUUCCAAGUCAACAACAGCCAGCCACUCCCGUGGUUUGUACGUUUCAGAAUCGCUUGGGAAGUCGCAUCAGCUCUCGUUUUCCUCCACAAGUCUAAACCGACACCAAUCAUACACCGUGAUCUUAAACCAGCAAACAUCCUUCUUGAUCGCAACUUCGUCAGUAAAGUAGGAGAUGUUGGUCUCUCCACAAUGAUCCAAACCGACCUCUUAUCAACCAAGUUCACAAUGUACAAACAGACAAGUCCCGUGGGAACAUUAUGUUACAUCGAUCCCGAAUAUCAACGAACCGGGAUGUUAUCUCCAAAGUCAGACGUCUAUGCCUUGGGAAUGAUCAUUCUCCAGCUUCUCACCGCUCAGCCGGCUAUAGCACUGACGUAUACAGUAGAAAUAGCCAUGGAGAACAACGAUGACGACGAGCUGAUACAGAUUCUUGAUAAAAAAGCAGGUGACUGGCCAAUGGAAGAGACCCGGAAACUAGCUGCAUUAGCCCUGCAUUGUACAGAGAUCCGUGCUAAAGACAGGCCAGACCUGGAAAAGCAGAUUCUUCCAGUACUAGAGAGCUUGAAGAAGGUUGCUGAGAAAGCAAGAAAAACGAUUGCCUCUGCGCCGAAGCAACCUCCAAGCCAUUUCAUCUGCCCAUUACUUAAGGAUGUGAUGAAGGAUCCAUGUAUUGCGGCUGACGGAUACACUUAUGACCGGAAAGCCAUAGAGAAGUGGAUGGAGGACCACCGUAGCUCGCCGGUGACUGAUUCCCCCUUAGAAAACAUGACCCUUUUGCCCAACCACACUCUUCAUGCAGCCAUUGUCGAGUGGUGCCGUAGAAAUCAGUAAGGCAAACAAAAGCGAGCGCACCGUGAGGAAUGAUGUUAUUGGAGAUUAUGAUAUUAUUAUGGAGAAUGAUUGAAGCAAUUAUAUGAAAUUGUUGUGAUUAUAUAUCCUUAAUUUUAUGAUAUGUAUUAGUACUAUAACACAUGAGAUUGACCAUGACUUGAUUUUUAUUAAUCAUAUAUUCUCAACUGGUAUGCUAUUUUGUCACA